UGAGCGAGUGAUAGAAUGUAACUGAGUACUUUUACUCUAAUGCAAAUUCGAGUUACUUAACUUCAAUAUUUAUUUAAACAAAUUAAUACUACUUCUGCACAUUUCAUAUUCAUGCAUUUGCUCACUUUUCUGCUCAGUGAAAAUGACACGUCUGCACAAUUGGGAACAGGCAAAUAAAAGCCGUGGGACUUGUUUGCUUUGCCGCUCACUCGCCAACCUUUAAAAGGAUUUUUGGAACAGGGUCAAGGAGCAGAUGACCGCCUCACUGAGACGAUCCUUGCCUUGUUUGCCUGUGGCAGUCUGUUGAACUCGCUCGCCAGAAAAAAAAAUGAUCCGAGCUUGUGCUUUCGGCCUGAGAAAUGAUCCCGGGCGCCGACAGCUCCUCUCUGCGGCCGCUGCACGGCUUCAGCACAGUCAGAGCCAGCCGCUUGGGGGCCCUGUCCCCUCCGCCCGUCCAGAGACCUCUGGCGCCAAGACCCUGAUGGACAUCGGGACCCGCCGGAUCCUCAACGAGGACCACGAUCUCUUCAGACAAAGCGUCCGGCGCUUCUUUCAGGAUGAGGUGGUGCCGCACCACGCUGAGUGGGAGAAGGCAGGUGAGGUGAGCAGGGAGGUGUGGGAGAAGGCUGGAGAGCAAGGCCUGCUGGGAAUCAUGAUCCCGCAGGAGUGCGGCGGCAUCGGAGGAGACUUGUUCUCCGCUGCUGUCAUGUGGGAGGAGCAAAUGUACUCCAACUGCACAGGCCCGGGCUUCUCCUUGCACUCCGACGUCAUCAUGCCCUACAUCAGCAAGUAUGGUAGCAAGGAGCAGAUUGAACGCUACAUCCCGCAGAUGACUGCCGGGAAGUGCAUCGCCGCUAUUGGCAUGACAGAGCCGGGAGCGGGCAGUGAUCUUCAGGGUAUGAAGACGUACGCCAAGAGGGAUGGCGCCGACUGGAUCCUCAAUGGCAACAAGGUGUUCAUCUCAAACGGCUGGAUGUCCGACCUGGUGGUGGUGAUGGCCGUGACCGACCGCGAGGCGAAGACGGCGGCGCACGGCAUCAGCCUCUUCCUGGUGGAGAGCGGCGCCAAAGGCUUCCAGAAAGGACGCAAGCUGGAGAAGAUCGGCCUGAAGGCCCAGGACACAGCUGAGCUGUUUUUUGAGGAUGUGCGUCUCCCAGGUGACGCCAUGUUGGGGGAGCUCAACAAGGGGUUCUUCUAUGUGAUGAACGAGCUGCCUCAGGAGCGUCUGGUGGUUGCCGUCUUGGCCAUAGCGAGCUGCGAGUUCAUGUUUGAGGAAACCAGGAACUAUGUGUUGCAGAGGAAGGCUUUUGGCAAGACGAUCGCUCACCUGCAGACCGUGCAGCACAAGCUGGCAGAGCUGAAGACCGAGAUCUGCGUGGGCCGAUCCUUCGUGGAUAGCUGCCUUCAGUUGCACGCUGAGAAGCGCCUGGACGCCUCCACGGCCUCCAUGGCCAAGCUCUGGGCGUCUGACCUCCAGAACAGGGUGGCCACUCAGUGCCUGCAGCUCCACGGAGGCUGGGGAUACAUGUGGGAAUACCCCAUCGCCAAGUACGGCAUUUGUGGACUCCCGUAUUCAGUCCAUCUACGGAGGAACCAAUGAGAUCAUGAAGGAGCUCAUCGCCCGCAGCAUUGUGCGCCAGAAGUGAGCGAUUCAUGGUGGUGGAGCACUUUAGAAAGUUAGUGUAGUUUGCACAUGUUUUUAUUCUUAGUUGACAGUUUGUGUGAAAAUGAUUUAACGUAUGUUGUGUGCUCGUGAAACGUCAGGUAAGGUGUGACAAAAUGUAAUGUUCAAAUGUGACAAAAUGUAGCUUAUCGUGUUCAAAUCAGCCAAGAGAUUCAAGCGAGACUAGGUACCUUUUGAGAGAAGAAGUAACUCUCUAGUUUAAUUAAACUGCACCCUCACUCAGGUUAAUGCACUCAGGGGUUUUGCACGGCUACAGCUCUUUCCUGCUUAUUCUAAGCUACAUUGUAGCUUUGGAAUUUAAAAAAAAUGUUGCACUGUUGUUUCACUGCAAUGAAAGAUAACAGAUUCCAUGUAAAAUUCACCCAACGUUACUAAUGUUCACAAAGGUCUUUUUGUAAUUGAAUGUGUUGUUUGCUGCGUACGGUUUGCAGUCAUGCAAGAGAUUCAUUUUUCAA